UCCGCCUUGUGCGCCCGCCGUGCCCGUCACUCCGCCUAGCGCGCCCGUCGCCGCCGUCGCUUCGCCUCGCGCGCCGGCCGCUUAUGACCAUGUCCACGUGAGUCAUCAAAGUAAAAGGCCUCAUCGCCGCCGCCGCCGCCGCCGUCUAGCCAACCCAGUAGACCAUCGCUUUCUUUUCUUCCUCUCUCUCUCUCUUUCGCAGUCUCGCCCCAAAUCCCCUUCCCCUUCCCGGCGCCGCUGAGGAUAACCGCCGACCCCGCACGACUCUAGACGCGCCGGCAACCGUGGCCCACGCGUCCCCCGUCCCUCUGUCUAUAUCCGUUUCUGUCGAAACCGACGCCACCGCAGCAGCAGCAGACUAGUAGACGAGAGACGGUUUUGCCUCGUGAUUCCACGCGCCUGACAGCGACGCAAACCGCCGCCUCCUCCUCGUCCUCCUCGCGCGAACAUGGCUUCCGGCGCCGACUCGGCGGCGGAGGGCGUCGCCGCGCUCGGGAUCUCCGACUGCCCCGCGCCGCUGCGGCGGAACCUGCAACUCCUCUCCCACGACCAGGUUGAACUUGCAAAGAUGCUGCUGAAUGAAGGCCAGACGCACUUGUUUGAACACUGGCCAGAACCAGGUGUUGAUGAUGACAAGAAAAGAAGCUUCUUUGACCAGGUUCACCGACUUCAUUCAAGCUAUCCUGGUGGGCUGGCUUCAUACAUUCGGAAUGCCAAAAAGCUUUUAGCAGAUUCAAGGGCAGGAAAAAAUCCAUAUGAUGGCUUCACACCUUCUGUUCCCUCAGGGGAAGUAUUGACCUUCGGUGACGACAAUUUUGUUUCACUGGAAGCAACUGGGGUAAAAGAAGCACGCAAUGCUGUGUUUGUUCUUGUAGCAGGUGGACUUGGUGAAAGACUUGGUUACAAAGGGAUUAAGGUAGCACUCCCGAGGGAAAUAACCAGUGGAAAAUGUUUUCUUCAACAUUACAUAGAAUCCAUUCUGGCUUUGCAAGAGGCCAGCUGCAAGAUGGAGGGUGAAUGCCAUACACAAAUCCCAUUUGUUAUUAUGACUUCCGAUGAUACAAAUGCACUAACCAUCAAACUUUUGGAAUCAAACGCUUAUUUUGGAAUGGAACCAUCACAAGUGAAGAUUCUGAAGCAGGAAAAGGUGGCAUGUCUAGCUGACAAUGAUGCAAGGCUGGCAUUAGAUCCAAAUGACAUGUAUAAGAUCCAGACAAAGCCACAUGGGCAUGGAGAUGUUCAUUCUCUUCUUUAUUCAAGCGGAUUACUUGAGCAUUGGAAGAGUACAGGAAGAAAAUGGGUUCUCUUUUUCCAGGACACAAAUGGGUUGCUAUUCAAUGCUAUACCAUCAGCAUUAGGUGUCAGUGCCAGCAAGGGGUACAAUGUUAAUUCUCUCGCAGUUCCUCGGAAGGCAAAGGAAGCUAUUGGAGGAAUAACCAAACUUACUCAUCUUGAUGGUAGAACUAUGGUGAUUAAUGUUGAGUACAAUCAGCUUGAUCCACUCCUUCGUGCAACUGGGCAUCCCGACGGAGAUGCAAAUUGUGAAACAGGCUAUUCUCCAUACCCUGGAAACAUAAACCAGUUGAUACUGGAGCUUGGACCAUACAUUGAGGAGCUCAAGAAAACACAUGGUGCCAUUUCUGAAUUUGUAAAUCCGAAGUAUACUGAUUCUACAAAGUCAGCAUUUAAAUCCUCCACUCGCCUUGAGUGCAUGAUGCAAGACUAUCCAAAAACACUGCCUCCAACGGCAAAAGUUGGGUUUACGGUGAUGGAUACUUGGCUUGCAUAUGCUCCUGUAAAGAAUAAUCCUGAAGAUGCAGCUAAAGUUCCAAAAGGCAAUCCUUAUCAUAGUGCAACCUCAGGAGAGAUGGCAAUUUACAGGGCAAACAGCCUCAUUUUAAGAAAGGCUUCUGCACAAAUAGCUGACCCGGUAAUCGAUACUUUCAACGGUCAAGAGGUAGAGGUUUGGGCACGCAUAACUUGGAGCCCUAGGUGGGGUCUUACAUUCAAGGAUGUCAGGGGGAAAGUGCAUGGCAACUCUUCAGUUUCCCAGAGAUCAGUUUUGGUCAUCAAUGGCCAGAACAUCGUACUCGACGGUCUUUCCUUGGACGGUGCUCUUAUAGUCAAUUCCGUCGAUGAAGCAGAGGUCAAAGUCACCGGUCAUGUAGAAAACAAAGGGUGGGCUAUCCAGCACAUUGACCAUAAGGACACCUCGGAGAAGGAAGAGAUCCGGAUCCGUGGAUUCAAGUUGGAGAAGGUUGAGCAGAUGGAGGUGAACUACACUGAGCCAGGGAAGCAUUGCAUGAGCUCAUAAACAAGCAUGCUCCAUUGACAAUUGCCAUGGUUCCCUGCCAAUUUACAGCUGGAAAUAAUAGAAAGUGCGGGUUCCCCAACUUGUCCCCCAAAAUUGGGCGGCCUUCAGUAUGUGUAAUAGCAAUAAGCUGAAAGCAUUCCUUUCUGUUCCAAGGUUGAAUAAGGAGCAAAUUGCUUCGCCAUUUAGUCAGUCACAAACUCAGUAUACCUAAUGUAAAUCUUGUAAGCAUGAUGUAGCCUUUAUUUAUAGUUGCCAUUCAUUUUUUCUGUAAAGUAAGCAAACGUAAUGCUACAUAUCGGAAAUGUGGCUGAUUUAUUAUUUCUUACAUUCAAAGUGUUGAAGAAAGAAAAGAAUUGUUUGAA